CCCGAGCACGCCCUGCGCAGGCGCACACCGACAGCCGUUUCCGGGCUCCCGCGUCGCGUCUCGCCGAGGAGAAAAGCCCGUGGAGGGCUCACCGAGCGACGAUGGCUACCUACAGCCUGGCGAACGAGAGGCUCCGCGCCCUGGAGGACAUCGAACGGGAAAUCGGCGCCAUUCUGCAGAACGCAGGGACCGUGAUCCUGGAGCUGUCCAAGGAGAAGACCAACGAGCGGCUCCUGGACCGGCAGGCGGCGGCCUUCACGGCGUCUGUGCAGCACGUGGAGGCGGAGCUGUCGGCUCAGAUCCGCUACCUCACCCAGCCAGCCAGCCAGCCAGCCAGCCGAGACCCGGGACUGGGUGACCCUUCCAGACCCAGCUUCUCCUUCCUGAAGGAAAUACUUAAAGGUGGCCCUGCCCAAUUCACUGGUGGCCACGGGGCAGCCCCACGAGGGCUCCAGCUACUCUUCCAGAAAGGACUGUCAGAUGGCCCUGAAGCGAGUGGACUAUGCUCGCCUCAAGCUCAGUGAUGUGGCCCGAACCUGUGAGCAGAUGCUGGAAAACUAGGCCAACCUAGCAAGAACUUGGAGACCACCACCGGCACUCUGGACAAAACCUGGAGACCUGUACAGUGGGCAGUAGGGGCUGCCACACACGUGCCCUACUGGACUGAGUAUGCAAGGGCUGAAUGGCAGAAAGUGGGAACGGAGAAUCUUGUGAGACCAAGCCUGCCCACAGUGAUGCCCUGGCUCCUCCAGCAGGGUGCUCUGCUCACCACAAAACUGCUGACAAGUUCAGGCAGAGGGGAGAUUCAGACACCAAUCUUACUUCCUCAAACCUUUCAUGUCCCUACCCCAGGCUUCUUCAGACUGGACUAAUGGAGGCACGUUCUUUUUCAUUGAAAGAGACAAAACCAGAACUAGGGGCUUUAAUAAUAAAAACAACAGCAAUGAAAGCAAGGAGCUCAGACUCUCACUGGAACAUAUGUGGGUGAUAUGAACAGGGAUUGAGGAAAUAAAACCCAAGUGCAUGGCACCUGCUGAGGAACGGUGGGAAGGCCCACCCCCGCACUGUGGGGGUGGAAGGAGGAAGCAGGAGAGGCCUGAGGCUGGGGAGGAACAGCUGGUGUGUGAUGAGAGACUGGGACUAGGGGGCAGUGGGAUCCUCAGCAGAGAAGCUGAAGCCAGGAACCAUGGUAAGGGGCAAGGGCAUGAGGGCAAUGUCUGCAGAAAAAAGAGCCAAUAAUUAUAAAAAUAAUCUUUAGUAAUAAAAUGCACAUAAAGAAUUCCUCUAAGGUAUUACAUUAAAAGGUAGACUUUACAGGAUAGCAUAGAAAAUAAAAGACCAGGAAAGCUCCACAAGAGGGCACUGGCUGGUUAUUUGUAUGUUAAACAUCAGAUAGCUACAGAGUGCCUAUUAAGUGCCAGAGAUUAUUCUAAAUUAUACAGGACUGAAUAAAUCACAAUGUGUACCCUCACAGGCUUCCGCUCUUAGCUCACACAUUGGAGUCUGAUGCCACGGGUGUGUAAUGAAGCUGCAGAUCUGAAAAAGAUAUGGAAAUUAAUAUACCAGCUCUGAGAUUAAGGAAAGCUGGGGGAAUAGCUUGAACUGAGGAAUUAGACCCCAAAACAUUAACCAUAGGACUUAGAACAUUAGGUGCUCAAUACAGAUUUGUGAAAUAAAUGAAUGGCCCCCAC